CUCAAAGAUGUCCGUAUCCCCCGUGACGAGAAAGCGGUCGAUGUGAUUCGUUUGCGACAACGAAUACGCCGUCGUAAUCAGCAAGAAGGAUGGCGACCGAACGUGGAUGGCAGCGCGAGCUCAAAACUCCCGGCGAGCGGUUGGCUUCCCUGCUUGGCUCGCCCAAGUUCUCGGACCUCGAGCUCGUGUUCCCGAGCGAACACGGCUCCAUCAUGGCGCACCGUGUGGUUCUGGCUAUGAGUUCGCCGGUGUUCGAGGACUUGCUGUACGGGAGCCGCGCCGCCAGCAGGACGCUGCGGAUCCACGAGGAUCACCCGGAAGCCUUCGCCUGGAUGCUGGGCUACAUGUACUGCAACAGCAAGAGCUUCCCCGGCCUUUCGCUGGCAAUCGAGGUUAGCCGCUUGGCAGCCAAGUACCAGAUGGAUACCCUGGCCGAACUUUGCUCUCAGUACUUGGAGAAUAAUCUGAACGACAAGAAUCUUUCUGAAAUUUACAAUGUUGCUGUGAGCUUAAAGAACCCCAGCCUCCUACAGGGCUGUUCCCGGAUCGUAAGUGGCCGGACUUCAACGGUCCUCUUGGAGCCGAACUUUGUCAGGCUAAGUCAGGACGCGCUGCUUCAUCUUCUCCAGACAACGCUUUACAUCAGCUCGGAAGUAAAGAUAUUCCGUGCUGUGCUUACUUGGAGCAAACAUCAAAUUGACAGACGCGGUGCCCUGUUUUCGGAAGCUGCUCUGCGUCGAGAAAUAGAACCGUUGCUGCCUCAUAUCCGCUUUCUCUCCAUGUCAACCGAUGAGUUUGUUUCGCACAUCAUGCCUUCGGGAGUACUCACAUCCGAUGAGAGCACAGCCAUCCUAUUGGCUAUCAAGGAGAGUGGGAGCCUCCACGAGCUUCCGUUUAUCUGCAGCAACAUCAAGGAGAAGAGAGAAAUAUUUGACAAAUCCCUUAUCAAGAGGCUUCCACUGCCUGACAUGACGGAGGGAGGAAUCAUUUCUCACACCUACUCCUAUGAGGACCACGUACUGAUAGCAAACCUCAAGAGCAGCAAGACCAUUCAUCUACAUCGUGUAGAAUACAAGGCACUCAGGAUAUCCAGCAUGAUAGCCACAGUGAGAGACCCUGCUAAACAAGUGGUUGGGGUGUACACAUCUGAGGGGCCAACUGGAGUGUUCGAGAGAGUUAUCGCCCUUCAUCCUGGCAUGCUUUGCUCAGUCACGGUGAGUGUCGUCGGAAGGAAGAAGAGUGCCCUGCAUCGAUUCACUUGCAAUCACGACGGCGUUGUCUUCGAUGGAGAGAGGAUGACAUUAUGCGAAUCUCCUAUAAUAUUGCAUUACUGGCACUUCAGUGAGUAGUGUGUCACCGAUCGGAUAAUCAUUUUUAAUAUUCUUUACAUAUAAUAGACACUGUUUAUUAUUAUUAUUUUUUUUUCAUUUAAGACUUUCCAGCUGUGCAUAGCUUAUUUACUUAUUUACCCAUGAAUAAUAACAAGUGCAAUGUAGAAAACAGUUUUCAGAUUUAUUGUUAAGAAAACUUUAUAGGUAUUUGUUUGAGUUGCAGAUAGCCAUGUGCGCACAAGAGCUUAAUCAUUUAUAUUGUAAAAAGGAAUAAGUGAGAAUAUUCAGACUGUUAAGUUUGUAUAGCCCAUGUAAGUAACUAAUUUAAUUUGAAGUUUCUUUUCUAGUAGUGCUUGAUCUUUUUUAUUUCAAACUUCCAUCAUUGAUUGUUUUAUAUACAUUAUCUAUAAGUGAAUCUGAAUGACAUUACAGGAAAAGCAAAGGAUUAUAGGAUAUUUAUCAUUUACUUGUAAAAUGUAUACCACUAUGUUCAAGAUAGCAUGCUUCAAUAGCAGACGACAUGGACAUCAACCAUAGAUACACUGUAUGGUCUUUAAAUACAAUACGAAACAGAUACUUAGCUUAAUGCAGUCUCCACUCCCUUACCACAUAGAUAUAAAUAAUAUUGUACCUGGGACGCUAAUGUUAUCUGCAUAAUUGAAAUAGCUGAAUGAUUAUAAAAAUGGUUCAAAGGAUUAAAGUUGAGAGAUUGAGAACUUCAACUGUUUUUGGCAACCUAUUUUCAAAUUAAACAAAGUUUUUAUAUCACAAUAGAGAAUACGAAAAACACAUACAUUAUGAAAGAAUCUACCAGCAUGGAAAGCAAUGUGUUGUACUAGGCUAUAUGUUUCGCCUAAAAUAAUAUGUGGAAACUGACACCUCUGGUAUUGUUGGUUGGUAUGAAGGAAGCAGUAAGAAAGAAUAGUCUGUGGCAUUACAAGGAGACGUAGGAGAAAAAAGGGAGAAGAGAAAACAAGGUAUUAAUAGAUACAGGAAUAACACCUUUAUGACUAUAAUGAUAAAACAAAUGAAGUUCAGAAACUUCCUGCUAAGUAAAAUGUUACUUAAAAUAGUCUAAAAGGAAACAGAAUGUCAGUUUUAUUUAUACAUAUUUAUUGAAAUUCCAAUUUACAAAUAAUUUGUUUACCAAGAAUCACCUUAGUAAAAUGUUUCGGCUGUAACUUACAAAUCUUUCUCCAACAUGUUUUAUGUACUUGAUCUAUUCACUUCUAACAGAGCACCUGAUUCUGAUAGCAAAUCUAUGGGCUACUUGUCUUUAACAUGGAAACACUAAGUAUGUUGUGGAAUGUGUAAUCAUUACGAUAAAAAGGGAAUUGUACUUUCAAAACUCUCUUAGUCCUUAAUAUUACAUCUUCAUAAACAAAAAAUACCAACACAAUCAAAUUUGCAAUUUUUCUUCCCUGCAGCUCACAUUUUUUCAAAAUAUCAUCUGUACAAAUGGUUUUAUAGGACUAAUUCUGGAAUCUUUUACUCUUUUUAGUAUAUCUCCAUUAAAAAGAAAGAAAGAAUAAUAAUAAUGCUAUUUAAGAAAGUACACAUAACUGAGAUCAUUCCACAAUCUGCUACUAUCUGAAUCAUAUUACAAAUGUAUGAAAUAUACUCAUAAUUACAUAAAUGUGUUUUCUCAUUAUUUUAAUCAAUCAGAAGUGGAAAAUUCUGCAAUCAAAACUUGUCAGUAGAAAAUAUGAAGUGAAUCUACAUAUCUUUUCCAUAUAUCACAGUUAUCUCAGAGUUUGUUAUUACUGUUAAUAUCUUAUAUAAUUAGAUAUACAUAUUGGAUAUGGUACAUUAGCAGUAUAUGUUUAACAUUUGGCUUUUACAGAUAAUAGUGUUAACAUUAUCAAAAAAAGAAAAGAAAAGAAAAGAAAAAAAAAACACUAAGGCAGUCCACAUUCUCUUGAAAUGCCUCAAAAUUUCAAAUAAACUGUCUUUAUUUCAGCCAUUUCAUAUCACAACAUUACCAUAGCUGUUGGCUGUAAAGGGAAACUUCUUCCUCCAACUGGCAUCUGCUUUACACUUUCCCUGACACUGUACGGUUUCAGAUAAAGCAUUUGACUACACAAUUAAGAAUUAUAAUAAUUUGUAAUUUUCUGUAUAAGCUCUUCCUUUCUCCCAGAAAAUGAUAUGACUUUAUUCAGAGAUCAACAUUCUAUGGAUACAUAAAAGGCCUACAAGCACUUUUUAAGUGUAUCCAUAAUAUACUACUGAAAUGAGUUACAUCUGCAGUUGUAAAAGUCCCAUAAAUGAUUUUGACAUGGUAGUAUGGAUUGCCCUUUGUUUGAUGAGAGACAGCUUAUUUACUGAGAAGUCUUCAAAUUUGGACUACCUUAAAGAGUUAUAAUCCCAGCAAACAAGUUUCAAAGCUGCUUUGCAGAAUAAUCUAUAGAAAAAAUGAGCAUACUCUUAAUACGGAAUACACCUAAUAGUAGGGGAUAACAAAUAAUAAGAAUGCAGUAAUGUGUAGAGCUUAGCCACAUUAAAAAUAGAACAAAAGAACAAAUACCCCAAUUCAUAUAUAAUUUUUGUCUGCAAUGAAAAACUGCUUGUUUUAACAUUUAUCUUGACUGACUAAUGUUAUUAUUCCUUUCAUGAUGAUUUACAUUCAUAAAAAAACGGAUGAUUAACUGGCAAAUAUAUGCUGUAUGAUAUCAGUCUUGAACUUAGAUAUAAAUAUCACAAUCUUUGUUAUAUUUUAAAAUUUCAUUUGAACUUCCAUGAAUUACAUUUGAGAUUUAGAUUUUUCUUAUUCAGUAUUAUCAUAGCUGCAGACAUUCUAUUAAAGCUUAUACAUUUUAAGCUUGCAUUCUUCUCAGUGUCACAGUUCCUGUAUAAGUUUAUGAUUUACUGAAAUAAUGCUCCAGUUUCUUGUGAAAACAGAAAAAAAGAAGAAAAUAUAUAUAUAUAUUUUUUUUUUUUUUUUUUUGUGUGUGUGUGUGUGUGUGUGUGUGUGUGUGUGUGUGUGUGUGUGUG